AACAUUUAGAAAAUAGGACAAAAUGUCAGGCCGACAGCUAAAUAAAAAGAAAUUUGAUCGCGUUGAACUUUGAAGCUGUGAAAUAAAUUAAAAUGACAGUCCAGCAGCUUAGUUCGAAUAUUUCUGACGAAUCGGAGGAUAUGGUUAGCUUACCUCCCGAAGAAGAAACUUAUAGGCGAAAAUAUCAGUUGUUAUUGGAACGAUGUGAAGUCUUGCAACAGGAUAAUGAACGAAUAGUGAAUAGGAUACACCAAGCGAAGACAGUAACUAAGCGCUAUCGUAAGGAUAUCAAAUUGUUGAUAGAGAGGUUGGAUAGGCAUAGAGAUGGGUUUAGAACAGCGUCGAUGGAAGUGGAAUCGAGACCCGAGGUGAUUGUCAAGCCAAAUCGCGCCACGAACAAACCCCAAACUAGUUCAAAGCAAGCGGAGAAGCAAACCACAGCAGGUGGCAAAAAAACUGGACCUAAGAGAAAAAGUAAAGCUGACAAGCCUGAAAGAGAUCCAAAUGCACCAAAAAAGCCUUGCAAUGCAUUUUUCAUAUUUUGCCAAGAACAGCGACCACUGUUAGUAGCAGAAGCAAAUUCUGAGAUGGGAACUGAGCUAUCUAAACCUGAAGUGACCAGACAGCUGGCUUCCAGGUGGAGAUCACUUAGUACAGAUGAGAAAAGGGUAUAUGUUGCUAGAUUUGAAAGAUCAAAGGAAAAAUAUGUUGAAGAAUUAUCUGCAUAUAACAUCAAAAAGGAACAAUGACAAAAGCCCCCUGAUACCACCUAAUUUUAAUGUGAUAGUCAGCUUUAAGAUAGGCUAAUAAUAAUGAAUAAUGUUGUUGUAAUAGCAACAAGAGAACUGUAGUUGAUUCUGCAGAAAUGUUCACUAAGAAAGUUGCAUUUGAGUUAGUGGUAAAGGUUUCUAAAAUGACAAUGAAGGUUGUAUUUAAUUUUUUUCACUUAAAUCUCAGUCUAGAUAGGUAUUUAGGUUAAUAAAUUAUUGUAAAACGUCAUUGAUUGCAUUGAAAUAAAAC